AUGCGUGGUGAUUAUAAUCUAUUUGACAGUCUGAAGCAGAUACUGGAGGUCAUGUUUGGUAAUGCAGGGAUACGAAGUGGAAGUGCCACUGUCGUGUUGGAGUUGACAUCGGUUGGCAGUAAAGUUAGAGGCUGCAAACUAAGUGCCUGUCGUAAAACCUGUUGAGCGUAUGAAAGACAGCAAAGGUAGAAAGGUGGCAAAGUUGAGUGAGACUGGGCGUGAAAUAUUGGAAUCAAACAUGACGGUUACCGCUAAGGGCCAGGGUUGUACAAUUUGCACUGUCAGGCUGAUAAUGAUCAAGCCAAUGAAGCUGUGAACGAAAAUAUGGCCACCUUGAAAGACGAAACCUGCGAAAGUUGUCCAAAAAAAACUGGUUGA